AAUGCACAAGUCGACUGACAACCGUAAUAGCCAGACAAAGAAUUCGCUUUACCCCCUGAAAGACAUUCCUUCUUGUGUGUAACGCGCUGAGAUUUUGUUAUCGCAGUUUUACGACGUUCUGCUAAGUCUUUUUGAUUUUUUGUCGGACACGGUUGUGCGCGUAUCAAUUUGCGAAUGCAGGAAUGUUAGCAGAGAUAUGCGCGCGCAUCUUUUCUAAGUCCCCCGCUACCUUCCAAGUCGUCCGAUGGUUCCCGUUUGCUACCGAGAAUCUAGAUGACGUUUCCUCUGACAUGAACCUCAUAGAGGGACCAGUUCGUUAUAGAAAGAGAAAGAAGUGGAAGUUGAGAUGGGCAGUCCUUCGAAGAGUCAACCCAGCCGCGGAUGUCCUUGACCUCAUACUCUACCAAGACCAGGUCAGUGCCAGAUCAAGACAGAAGGAGAAAGCCUUCAUCUCCUUGAAAGCAUUUGCUGGCCUACAACUUUUGAACAAACUUGACAAGCACUACAAUGUCCUUGUCACCAUCACCACAAAUGAGGUUGUUCAUCUCAGCUUUGAAUGUAUCGAGCAGAGAACUGAGUGGGUGGCACAUCUUCAAAAACAAUUUGGCCAGGAACAAUCCUACCAAGGCAUAAUUCCACGUCACAAACAAAAAAUAAAAUCAGGAGAAGCAACUUUACGAUUUUACAAAACAUUUUUUACACUUACUCGAAAGGACAACUUCAAAUGCUUAGGAAAAUGGAACCUUGUGGAUUUACCCCAUUACGGUGCAGUGGAUGGGGGAUUUGCCUUCCAAGUCAAGGAUGAAACCACUUCUCAUGGCCUGCCAAGUAUCUACUACUUUGCUACGCGGCAGGGGAAGGAGAUCCAUGAGUUGUUUGACAGUGUGUGCAGAGGCGCAGAUGUACUCUUGGAGAAUACUUAUGUCACCCCUGCAGGCCCGCCACCCCAAAGAUCUGAGAGCCAGACGGAGGGGGUCUCUUCCCGUCCGAACUUCUUCAAACGAACAUGGCUAAGAAUAUCGAAACGAGGGCCGAAAAGACCUCGUCCAAGAAGUCGCAGCGUGCCCUCGCUCUCAAGACGAGGCAGACAUCACGAGGAGGUCACUGCCCCCGUCCCACUCACGCCUGAGCUCCCGUCAACCACCACGAGCGAGGUAUUCAAAGACGAAACGAGAUUCUCAAGAGAGACGGCUAAGUCCGUGAAACCGAGCGAGACUAGCAGCGAGCAUCCACUUACGCCAGAUGGUUAUGAGUUGAUGAAUGAUAAUCCAGACGAAGUGUUCAAUGAAAAUGUUUAUAGAGUGAACAGCAUGACAUCGCAGAGCUCCGAUAAACGGCUUUCUCUUCUGUUAGCUCUUGAGCAGGGGAAAAAAUCUCCCAUCGACGAGGAAUCGACGGAUAAAGAUGGGUAUGUUCUCGUGGAUGAGAUGGACGUCGAGGAGAUUGUUAAAGAAGCAGAGCGGCGAUUAGAAGAAGAAAAGAAACGUGGAGAUGAAGCACCAAAAGCAACCCUUGAUCAAGCGUCCGUGACAAAUAAGGACGGAAAAGCACUGGUCUGUAGCUCUGAAGGGACGACGCAAGCAGGUGAAGAGAAAAAAAUAAUAAAAUCUGACGAAGUUGCGCAAGAUGAUACUGACGGUAAACCUACACUAGGAAAAGCUAAAUCGAAAGAAACACUAGUAAAUGGUGUGUGUGCAGCUGGGAAGCAUGAAAACGGUCCAAUUCAAAACGAGGAGAAGAAAAAAGAGGAAACACCUCCAGCAAGAUUGCCAAAGACUGGCAAGAGCAACAGGCAGACGAAAGGCAAACGAGGGUUGAAGAACCCACCGCCGGAAUUGAGUCUCCCAGAUGGGGACGUAUUAAAGGACGCCCCUUACGUCAACACCCCAGCAGCAACGACUACAGAUUACGUUAACGUCACCUCGCCUCCAAAAACUGCGGACUAUAUCAAUGUACCCGGGAGCAAGUUAAAGGUUCUUAGGGAGCGCAGUAGAACGACGCCAAACAAGAAGAAACAGCAUCACUACGAUAUGUACGACGGUAACGACGAUUCCAUCUACCAUAGCGUGGAGUCACUCAUGCCAGGCAACCCGGCCUACCAGAACCUCCAGCACGACGCCAACCGCAGUCACAGCUUUGAUAAUAUUCCUGGCCAUGCUUAUAGCAACCUUCCUGGGCACAAUGGUUCUGCUGGCCUGGCUUACCAAAACAUUAGUCCACCAGGGGCUCAGGCGUAUGUCAACAUUAACUCGACUCCAAAACGCAAAUUCCAAAGGAAUCCAAAUACUCAUAAUCUUAAUUAUAUUCACGUCGAGGGCACAAGCGGUCCACCUGUGAUGCAGUCGCCCGUGGAGCCCUCAGGGACUGGGGUGAAACCGUCGAGUGAUUACACGUGGAUUGAUGAAAGCAAAACGAGGCUCCUCAAGGAAACUGCUCGUCUACAUUCCGACCUCCGUAAAGAAAACUUACCAAAAGUACAAACGAAAAAAUAUUAGUUAAAUACUUGGGUGUUACGUCAAGGGCGCUAAAUCAAAUAUAUAUUGACAAAACAGUUGUAGGGUGAAAGAAUCGCCCCGUAUUUGUAAAUGCAGUUGUACGGAUACAGACGUUUUUGGUAGUUUCUUGGUGAUACGGAGCACCAGCACCAAAAACACAAUGGAACAAAAGCCAAAAACAAAGACCUUAGAACGAGACAAUAAAUAAAGUACAAAGGCCUUGAGCACCAAAAACACAAGCUCUCCGUAACACCAAGAAAUACCCACAUUUUUUUUUUUUUCAGAACAAAUAUAAAUGACGUACAUUUGAAAUACCACGAAAGAGCGAAUAUCCAGAACUGCAGGACAAAUCUGAAUCAUGUGUUCGUCAAUUCUAAACAUUUUUAUUUUUUAAGUUUUGUAUACACAAGUAGGAAAAGGCUGUUGGUUGGAUAGUGUCGCGGUUUCGUGCUGAUGUAGGAUAAGAUGCGAACUUUGGCGGAACAUUGGCCUGUGGAUAAGCGAUGCUCAACCCUUAUCUGGAGUCCGAAACAAGGUAGAAGCCCGCCUAAAUACAAUGCGUAGAAUAACACUAUGUAACGUAUUAAAAGUCAAAGGCUUUUCAAUACAGUAUUUUAUAAAAUAAAUGGCUACCGUUGUUACAAACCUCUCCUCGAA